AUGAGCAAGGGUCUCGGCAAAGGAGGGGCCAAGCGCCAUCAGAACAUGUUGCGCGGCAACAUUCAGGGCAUCUCCAAGCCCGCAAUCCGUCGGCUGACUCGCCGUGGAGGGGUCAAGCGUAUCUCCGUGCUCGUCUACGAGGAAACCCGCGGUGUGCUGAAAGUGUUCCUGGAAAAUGUUAUCCGGAACGCUGUCACCUACACGGAGCACUCCAAGCGCAAAACGGUCACCGCCAUGGAUGUCGUCUACGCACUGAAGCGCCAGGGUCGCACGCUGUACGGCUUCGGAGGUUGA